GAAAAAAUGCUUUGUCAAUGGUUGCAAUAUAGAAUAUUUUUAAAAGUAUGAGUUUAUAUGUGUAAAAAUGAUAGAUACUGAUUCUUCAGGUGAUGAUGAUGAUGAAACUUUACUCAAAAGCACUCCUAAAGGAUCUGUCAAUGAUGUUUCAAAUGACUAUGUAAUCUCAAGUUCUAAAAGUGGUCAAAAUGGGUCUUUAGAUAAUAUAAGUUUAAUUUCUUCUGGUUCUCCUAAACCUUCUCCACGUACAAGUUCAAAUGCUAGUACAAAACUUUUAAAGGGAAAUGAAAUCGGUAGUAUUUCAAAUAUUUCAAGUGAUGGAAUAUCUAAUGAUGAUUUUCGAGCUGAUUCUGAACAUAUGAAAAGAUUGCAACUUUAUGUAUUUGUUUCACGUUGUAUUGCAUAUCCAUUUAAUGCAAAGCAGUCUACAGAUAUGGCUCGAAGAGCUUCUAAAGUUACUAAACAAAACUUAACAACUAUUAAAGAUCGUUUUACUUCGUUUUUAGAUGGUAAAACAAACAUAAUUGCUGAUGAAGCUUUUCGUAUUGCUGUUCAAUCAUAUUAUGACAGUUUUCUUUGUUGUGACAGAGUGCAUAAAAUGGUUAACUCAGGUGGGUAUUCUGCUAACGAUUUUCGUGAGAUUUUUAAAGCUAAUAUUACAAAACGCGUUCGUAGCAUACCUGAUAUUCAAGGUUUAAGUAAAGAAACUGUGUUGAGUUCUUGGAUGGCAAAGUUUGAUGCUAUAUACAGAGGUGAUGAAGAUCAAAAAAGGACACCUGCACGCCUUGCUGCUACAGCUGCUUCUGAGUUAAUUUUAUCUAAAGAGCAGCUAUAUGAAAUGUUUCAGACAGUUUUAGGAGUAAAAAAAUAUGAGCAUCAGAUCCUUUUCAAUGCCUGUCAGCUGGAUAACAGUGAUGAGCAAGCCGCAUGGAUUCGUAGAGAGUUAAAUUCCAGACAAAAGAUACUAAGUACACUUUCAAAAGAGACUAUGCCAAAAUUUAUUCACAAAAAUAUGGAAGAGAUAUAUAUUGAGGAACAGAAAGCAAUGGUGAAAUCUCUCAUGUCAAUUCAUCUUGAUGGUUUUCCUCCUACCAAAAGUGGCUCUGAGGGAAAAUCAGGUUUCCCAAAAAUGAAACGUGGACAAAAUAAUGUUAUUUCAAUGAUGGAUGUAAAUGAUGAUAAUGAAGUAUUAAUUAAAGCAGUGUCUGGUCUUUCAUUCAAAUUACAGGUUACAGUUAUGGAGGCUUCUGGUUUAAGUUCUAUACGCCAAAAUCGAAUCAUAUUUGUUGUCAUGGAGCUUGAAGGAGAUAGUAAGUUACAAACUGACCAAGCAGAGGCUGGAACUCCUUUAUGGGAGACACAAGGUGACUGGACAACUAACCAGCCUUUGCCAAUAUUAAAACUUCGCUUGAUGGCUGAGCAAUCUUCUAAGCUAAUGCUCUCUGAUGAUAAGGAACUUGCUUGUGUAACAAUAACUCCACAUUGUGGAAUGCAAGAUAACUAUGAGUGGUACACAAUGGUACCUCAUAAAUCAUGGAGUGGGGAUACUAUUAAGCUAAAAGUCUCCAUUAAAAUGGAAAGACCUCAAAAUGUGAAAAAGGGGGGAUUUUUAUAUGCAAAAGGUCAGAACAUAUGGAAACAAUGGAAAAAGAGAUAUUUUAUGCUUAUACAAGUUAGCCAAUACAAGUUUGUUCUAUGUUCAUAUCGACCUAAAAAGCAAUCACCUCGAGAAAUUAUGGGAGUUGAAUCAUACACUGUAAACUUUACUGAAAAAACUGAAGAAGAAUUAGAAGGAGGCAGAUUCUUUUUUAAUAUCGUCAAAGCUGGAGAUGAAGUGUUAUUUGCUGCUGAUGAAAAUGCUGAUCGAGUCAAUUGGGUUUAUAAUUUAUGUAAUGCAACUGGUCAGUCAUUUAAACCUUCCUUUCCAAAGCCACCAUCUGGGGCUGAUCGUGUAAUACAAAAAAUUAGAGGGGACAUGGAUAGAGCUUUAAAGCAUGGGCUCGGAGACAUUGUACAAGCAAAUCCGUUUGAGUUUGAUCAAGCAGAAAUGUUUGCCAUGCUUCAACGCCUUACAUUACUUCAUCGACUUAAUGAUUCUUACACAUGUUUGGGUUGGUUCUCACCUGGUCAGCUUUUUGUACUUGAUGAAUACUGUGCUCGCUAUGGUGUUCGUGGUUGUCACAGGCAUCUCUGUUAUUUGGCAGAUUUGCUAGAACGAGCAGAAAAUGGAACAAUGAUCGAUCCUACACUUUUUCAUUAUAGUUAUGCAUUUUGUGCAUCUCAUGUUGUGGGGAACAGACCUGAUGGUGUAAAUACAGUCACUGUUGAUGAGAAAGAGCGAUUUGAUGAAAUGAAGAAUCGUUUGAAAUCUUAUUUGGCAAACCAGAUAACUCAUUUUAGAUAUUGUUUUCCUUUUGGCAGGCCAGAGGGGGCUUUGAAAAGCACUUUGACAAUAUUUGAAAGGGUUCUUUCUAAAGAUACAAUGAUGCCUUCAGCAGAUCCUGAAGACAGUGAAGAUGUUAAGCAAGCUAUUCGAGACUGCUUGCGAAGAGCUGCACUUGUUAAUUAUACUAGAUUAUCGUCAUAUGCUAAAGUAGAAGACUCCUUUCAGGGAAAUGUGUCUCCACAAGAGAAGCUUGGUAUUAUUAUACAGCUUGCAGAAUUAUGCAUAGAGCUUAUUCAGCAAAACGAAGAGCAUCAUUCAGAGGCUCUUGCUUGGUAUCAUGAACUUAUGACAGAACAUACAGAAAUCUUUUGGUCAUUAUUUGCUGUUGAUAUGGAUGAGGCAUUAGAUAGUCAGCCACCUGAUACUUGGGACAGUUUUGCAUUAUUUCAAAUGCUGAACAAUUAUCUUCGAAUGGAAUCAUCAUUACGAGGGGGAAAGUUUCACACACAUUUAAUGGAAAAGUUUUCUCCAUCCAUUGUCCGUUACAUAGACCUCAUGGAAUCAUCAAUUGCAAGAUCUGUUGAUAAAGGAUUUGCCAAAGAAACUUAUCAAUCAGUUGGACAUGGGUGUGCUACUUCAGAAGAGGUGUUUUGGAAACUUAGCUCUAUUCAAGCCUUUAUUCAAGAUCUUCAUUGGCCAGAUGAGAUUUUUGCAGAACAUAUUGCAACUCGGUUAAAACGAAUGGCUGCUGACAUGACCGAAGCAAUUGUAAACAGAGUAUCGAAUGAUAUUAGACGACAUUUAGUAGGAAAAGUAAAUCUUGAAUAUGUUAUCCCAGUUGAAGUUUGUGUGAUGAUCAAUGUACUCUGCAGAGCAGAUGAACAAGCUGAUGAACUGUGCACAGUUGAAGAUCUAUCAUAUCCUGAAGAAAUUUCUUAUCACACAAACAUAAAAGAUUUUAUCCAUAAAGCUCAAAUGGAUAGCAUUGCUUUAAUAAUUGAUAAACUUUGUUUAAUAAUGAAAGAACUUUUGAAGAAACUCGCUCGAUAUGAUCAGGGAAAACUAUCUUCUAAGAUUUUAAAUUUGAUGAAACCAACAGAAGAUGUUGCUGAAGACUUUUAUCAUUUUGUUGUAAGAAAUAUUAGAGAACUCCGUAAAACUGUUGAAUGUGAAUCUUAUGUCUUUACUCUUGAAAAAGCAUUAUGGGAAAAGUUAUGUUCCUUAUUAUCCUCUUGGUUGGUCCAAAGACAAGAAGUGGCUCUGCAUGUAUAUCAAUUCAAAGUUUUGUCAAAUAUUGUUGAGCCAUGUCGAAAAUUGUUUGAGCAAGAGGGGCUUACACAGAAUGAUUUAGAAAAUGAUGAUUAUAAAGCUGCUUACUCUAAGUUGAAGUUAGAAGAAGCCAUGCUGAAUUUAACUGAGCCGACUAUGUUAACACGCGAAAUCGAGGUCAAAAGCUACGAAAGUAAAAUACAAAAAGGAGAUUCUGACUAUGAAGAUGACUGAUAUUUUUAAUUGAUCACCGUUUUAUAGUAUUUUCAUGAAUUUUUUGAAAUAUUUUCAGGCUCUCUUUCUACCCAUAUUACUUAAAUUAAUAUAUUUAAUCGGCAGUUCAUUCUUAAAUCUUUUUUAAAUUUUUUUGCUUUUGCAAGAUUGGUUAGUAUCUAUUGUUUGCAAGCUAAAGAAAAUAGUUCAAUUUAAUUUAAUUUAGAAUCAGUCAAUUGUUUUAAACAAUCUAUUCAUAACGUUAAAUUAGUAACUAGCAUAAAUCAUAAUUUCCUUGUAGUUUAUAUACUGGUAAUAUUUAUUUAAUGCAUGAAGAUUGCGGAAGUAAUUUUAUAGUUUUGUAGUUCUGCAGGUCUAAUAUUUAUAAAUGGAGUACAUUCAA